AUGGGAAAACGGAGAAGCGAGCACCAGCCGCCGUCCCCGCAACCAUGCCACGACGACGGCGGUGGCACCAAGCAGAAGAACGUGUGCUACUACUACGACCCGCGCAUCUCCUACGUUGACUACGGCGAGACACACGAGAUGGUGCCUCACCGUGUCUCCAUGACGCUCGCCCUCAUCAAGGCCUACGGCUUGCUCGAUGACAUGGACCGUCUCCGCGUGGCACCGGCCACCGAGGAAGACCUCGAGCUCGCCCACGAUCCAGAGUUCAUCAGAUUCCUCCGCGACCUCACGCCAGCUGACUACAACGCCGACGCUAAGACGCAGAGAGAAGCAGCCGAGAAAUACAAGCUCGGCGAGGUCUGGAACGAGCUCACCCACUGUGUCACUAACGACAACCCCGUCAUCGAGAACCUCUGGGACUACUGCCAGCGCUACGCUGGCGGGUCGCUGGCGGCGGCGCGCGCCCUCGCCAGCGGCAGGUAUAAGAUCGCCAUCAACUGGUCCGGCGGCAUGCACCACGCGUGCAAGGGUAAGGCGGGCGGAUUCUGCUACGUGAACGACAUCGUGGUCGCCAUCAAGGCCCUCCUUGACGGCGGACAAUUCAAUCGGGUGCUGUACCUGGACAUCGACGCGCACCAUGGCGACGGCGUCGAGACCGCGUUCAUGGAAGACAGCCGGGUGCUGACGGUGUCGUUCCACCAGUUCGGUGGCGAGUUCUUCCCGCGCACUGGCGACGCCGUGGACGUCGGCGAGUUACCUGCUGGCGACGACGGCGUCUGCCCUACUCUGAUCAACGUGCCGCUGCAGGCGGGAACGCGCGACGGGCGAUACCACCAGCUGUUCGGGCCGAUCGUGGACAGGGUGAUGGCCGUGUUCGAGCCGGACGCCAUCGUGAUGCAGUGCGGCGCCGACUCGCUCGCCGGCGACCGGCUGGCGAGCCUGGGCCUGUCCGUGCGCGGCCACGCCAAGUGCGUCAGCAUCGUCAAGGGCUACGGCUUGCCGCUGCUCCUCCUGGGCGGCGGCGGCUACACCAUCAACCAUGUCGCCUCCUGCUGGUGCUACGAGACGGCGGUCGCCAUUGGCAAGGAGAUCCCGGACGACAUACCGCAGCACGGGUACCAGAACUACUACAAGAGCCAGGGGUACAAGCUCCAUUACCACAAGGAAGAUAGCAGCAGCAGGAAGAACAGGGACAUGAGGUCGAAGGACAAAAUAACAAUAGACAAAGUCAUGAACCACCUUGAUCGCCUUUCGUUGGAGCUCAUGCCAAAGCCGAGGCCGAGCGAGCAGCUGGAUGAGGAGCCGCCCCGCGCUCCACCGCCACACACCGACGACGGUGACGACGCACUCGUGGAUCGCUCGCCAUGGGAUGAAGACGCCGUGGAGAGGCUGCAUCAGCGCUGCGGCGAGAAGAUGCUCCACGAGUUCUUCACCGUACUGGGGAGGAAACAUCCCAAGCGAAUUUGA